AUGGGGAGUCUACCGGAGACCGAGCAUCCUGUGAAGGCCUUGGGCUACGCUGCCAGAGACAUUUCCGGCGUACUCUCCCCCAUUAACUUUUCCAGGAGGGAAACGGGAGAUGAAGAUGUGAGGUUCAAAGUGUCGUAUUGUGGGGUCUGUCACUCUGAUCUUCACUCUGUCAAGAAUGAAUGGUCCAAUGCUAAGUACCCCGUGAUCCCUGGCCAUGAGAUUGUGGGUGUGGUGACGGAGGUGGGCAGCAAGGUUAAAAAGGUUAAAGUAGGAGACAAAGUUGGGGUGGGCUGUAUGGUUGGAUCUUGCCAUUCAUGCGAUCAAUGUGCUUCUGAUCAAGAGCAAUACUGCCUAAAAAUGGUACAGACCUACAAUGACGCCACUAUGACAACCUAUGGUGGUUAUUCUGAUCAUAUGGUUGCCAAUGAACACUUCAUCAUCUCUUGGCCGGAAAACCUUCCACUUGAUGGUGGUGCGCCUCUUCUAUGUGCUGGGAUUACUGUUUACAGCCCAAUGCGAUACUAUGGGCUUGAUAAGCCUGGAAUGCAUGUUGGUGUUGUGGGUCUUGGUGGAUUAGGUCAUGUAGCUGUCAAGUUUCUUAAAGCUCUUGGUGUUAAGGUUACUGUGAUAAGCACUAACCCUAAGAAAAAGGAAGAAGCGAUUAGUAAUCUUGGUGCUGAUUUGUUCUUGGUCAGCCAUGAACAAGCCCAGAUGCAGGGUGCUGUGGGUACAAUGGAUGGUAUCAUUGACACCGUUUCGGCUGACCACCCUCUGGUGCCUUUGAUCGGUCUGCUAAGGCCCAACGGAAAAUUGGUUUUGGUUGGUGCUCCAACCAAGCCACAUGAGAUACCUGCUUUCCCUUUGCUUUUUGGGAGGAAGCUGGUGGGAGGAAGUUUGAUUGGAGGGAUAAAGGAGACACAAGAGAUGAUAGAUUUUGCAGCAAAACACAAUAUCACAGCCGCAAUCGAGCUCAUUCCUAUAGACUACAUCAACACGGCCAUGGAGCGUCUGGCAAAAGCUGAUGUCCGUUAUCGCUUUGUUAUCGAUGUCGCCAACACAUUGAAAUAAAUUUCAACUCCUUAUAAGUCUGUAUGCUGUCUUGUUAUUGGUGGUUUGGAGUUUAGGAGACUUGUUAUCACCCCAAGCUGUAGCACCAUAAAGCAUGCAGUUUGUAGUAUUUAAUAUUUGUAUUACUCGCAUAUAAUAGGAAAAGAAGUACCUAACAAAUUGGAGGUUUGGAUAUGUUUGA